AUGACCAGUGCGACGAUGAGCGAGUGUCGGAGCGGCUUUGACUUUUCUGGCCAUGUUCGCAAUGCUGCCCUCACUGCACGUGGUCAUGUUAUGCCGCGUGCCACUAGCACAGGUACUACAAUUGUCGGUCUGAUCUACAAAGACGGAGUGGUCUUGGGCGCCGAUACUCGUGCCACUGAGGGCCCUAUCGUUGCGGACAAGAACUGCGAGAAGAUCCAUUAUAUCACUGAAAGUAUUCGCUGCUGCGGUGCUGGGACCGCCGCUGAUACGGAGUUUGUGACAAACAUGAUCUCCAGUAAUAUGCAGUUACACGAACUGCACACUCGGAAGCGACCUCGUGUGUUGACAGCCAUGACCAUGCUGAAACAGCGACUUUUCCAGUACCAAGGAUAUAUUGGUGCUGCCCUUGUCCUAGGAGGUUAUGAUACGACAGGCCCUCAACUGUUUACUAUCGCACCUCAUGGAUCUACCGACAAGCUGCCCUAUGUAACCAUGGGUUCUGGUUCGCUGGCUGCCAUGUCGGUGUUUGAGAGCCGCUGGCGUCCGGAGAUGGAUGAAGCGGAUGCCAUUCAACUGGUUGUUGAUGCAAUUGAGUCGGGUAUCUUCAAUGACUUGGGGUCCGGCUCAAAUGUGGACGUGUGCAUUAUUCGGGAAAAGUCGACGGAGAUGCUUCGAAACUACCGAAUGCCGAACGAGCGCGCCCAAAAAGAGCAAAGCUACAAGUUCCCGCGGGGUACGACCAAAUUUACCAAGGAAGAGAUUCGUUCUAUGGUGGUCAAAGAAGGUGCGUCAUGA